AUGUCGGACAGGACGCUGGGAAAGCUGCUGAGAAAGUCACGGUCCCUCAGACGCGGGCGAGGGUCCGUGGACGCGGAUGCUGCUGAUAGGGAUGCAGACGGCAGCAGCAUUGGCAGUGAUAGUGCUACGGUGUCGCUCCAGGCCGACGAUGGUCCCACGUCCCCGGUUGUCGUCUACCACGUUUCGGCCGACAAGGAGGCACAGGACGAGGAUCCCAGCCUUGCAUCCUGCGACACAGAAGACCUCGAAUUCACCGCUACAGAACGGCCCGCCGUGAUCUCGAACCACCCGUCCCAGAUCGGCUACCUGACCACCAACAACCCCCUCAUACAAUCCGAAUACUACCAGCAAGGCUCCCAGCCUUCCCAAGGCUCAGUCACCACGGAUCAUCUAGGAGAGCCCGACCCUUUUGGGUCCCCAAACCCGGUGGGACUUGCACCUCCAUCAUCGCAGUCCAGCAGGAGAUCACCCUCACCUGUGGGACGGCUCAAGGGGGUAUUCAGGUCCAAAAAAAGCUCCUCGAAGCUGUCCGGGGGCGGGAGUGGAGCAUCUAGCCCAGAGAGGCGGCCAUCGACCGCAGGCCCAAGGCUGUCCUCCGACAUAACCGAUGCCCCUAAGCUUACCGAUCCUCCCAAGACCGAUCUGACGACCGACUCGGACUCGGACCUGAAGCAUGCUGCUGUAGAAGAGCGGGACGAACAGCAGAAAAGAGGUUCAGCGGAGCGCUUUCGUCGCCUUUCUAGGGGCCAAACGAUCGUCACAAGCACGCCGCCCGGAACUCCUGGUGCUUCGGAACAGGGCACUCCAGUCAUUGUCAACACCCCUCCAACGCCGACCGACUCUACCAAACCCAAGCUACCCAAGCUUCAAUCUCCGCCGCAGAGCACCGCCCCUGCUGAGGAUCCUGGACUGGGCCAGAGACGCGGCAGAUCGGGUUCAGCAAGUCUGGUGCCCAGCAAGUUGUCCACCAUCCACCCUGCGCCACUUACGCCAACCCCCGAGAACGGCAUUCCCACGCCUUCCAACCCAGCUUCAGGGUUCUUUGGAUCUGUGCUCUCCGCCGCGCAGAACGCCGCCAAUACUCUUACCAGCACUAUUCAGAACACUAACAUCAGCCCUGGUGUCACGAAGAACAGAGGCUUAAACCCCGCACAGAGCGUGCAGAGUAGCCGAGUUGACGACGACAAGGUCGAGGUCGAGUCCUCCGUCGAGGUAUCUACUGGCAAAGCGAUGGAGUCGCACGAGCCUGCCGUCAAGACCCUUGGCACGGGUGACCUCAGCCUGAGCCACCUGGGCAUCGAGCCGACCGCCAGGGCCACCACGCCCACAAAGCCGAGUUUUCCAGAACAAAUCGAUGUCAACAGGUCACGAUCAGAGUCUGCGCCCGCGGAAGCGACGCCUAUUAAGACCAGCGGCGAGGUCCCAUGGGAUGAUACGCAGAGACCGCAGUCUGUCUAUCAGGGCUCAGAGCCGCCGUCGCAUGGUGACAAGACGCCACCACCGGGGAGUUUGCACGAGGAAAGCACUGGUAUACAUCGGAGCGGCAGUAUCAGGAGCGCCAUUGGCCGCCACAACAGGAAACGCGGUAGCACCAACGGCACUGGAGGCACCUCAGGCACUGGCAACACGAUAGGCGCCGCUCUCGCCUCUGCCAAUGCUGCUUUGUCACAGCCAGGCAACUUGUCUAACGCGCCGAAACUUACUGGGUUUGCGGUCGCGAGCAAGAAGCGGAACCGGGACUUCCAUGUGCUGUUCAAGAGCGUCCCAGACGAUGACUACCUAAUUGAAGACUACAGCUGUGCUUUGCAGCGCGAGAUCUUGGCUCACGGACGACUGUACGUAUCUGAAGGUCACCUGUGCUUCAGCAGCAACAUCCUCGGCUGGGUCACCACGCUGGUCAUGAGUUUUGAUGAGAUUGUGUCUGUCGAGAAGAGAAGCACAGCUCUGCUGUUCAAAAAUGGGCUGAUGAUCUCUACGCUUCACGCAAAACACAUCUUUGCCAGUUUCACGAGCCGGGAUUCCACGUACGACCUGAUCGUCAAGAUCUGGAAGCUUGGCCACCCCGAACUUCAGAGCUCCCUCAAUGGUGUGCGCCUGGAUGAGACAGGUGGCGACAAGACGGAGAAGGUCGAUUCGCAGUCCAUUGUCGGCAACGAUCAAAGCGCCUCUGCUUCUGCCGAUGAGGACGGGGACGGGGACGAAAGUGACGACGGGGACGAUGUGUACGACGAGGACGAGGAUGACGAUGAUGUCCCUGAACCAAGCCAGAUUGCAGAUCCGCCACUGCUCGAGUCUGCUCUGGAAAAGUCUGUCUCUCGCAAGCCCUCGGGAGCUGUCACUGCUAGUCUACCAAAUGACAAGCCUAAGGAUGCGCCGGCAGGAGCACCCAGCCAAGACUUCCCUGGUCCAGCUACACACUCCCCUACGGACUGCGGCGAUGCUGACGCGCAUUACAAGAAGAUCGUGGGAGACGAUGUCAUCCCAGCACCCCUCGGAAAGGUCUAUGACCUGAUGUUUGGUCCAACCGCAGUUACGUGGAUGGCGAAAUGGCUCACUGUAGACCAGAAGUGUACAGAUCUACAAUCCGAAGACAAGAAGGGGCUCACUCUGGACAACCGAACACGAAAUUACACAUAUAUCAAGCCGCUGAGUGGCUCCAUUGGCCCGAAACAGACCAAGUGUAUUGUGUCGGAAAAUCUGGAGAACCUCGACCUCGAGAAGUCUGUCAACGUUCUGGUCAGCACGCAAAACCCAGACGUUCCGAGUGGCAAUGUCUUCAGCGUCAAGACGAAAUACUGUCUCUCUUGGGCCGAGAACAAUGCGACACGGGUCCAAAUCAACUGUAUUGUGGAGUGGACUGGCAAAAGUUGGCUGAAAGGUCCCAUUGAGAACGGCGCCAAUGAAGGCCAGACACAAUACUGCAAGGACCUUUUCGCAGGCCUCAAAGCAGCUGUAUCGUCGAAAGCCCGCCAGCCGCUCGCCGCCGGGGCCGGAAAGGGCAAGAAGAAGGGCAAGAAGGGCAAGGCAGCCGCAGUCUCGAACGUCACUAGCGAUACUGAGGAUGCCACCAAGGUUUCUUCCAAGCAAGAUUGGGGCAUUCUCGAGCCGCUGCAUGGCAUUCUGGGACCUGUGGUGGAUAUUGUCAAGCCAAUUCUCACAGGAAAUGUUGUUUACGGUCUGCUCGUUGGCCUGCUCGUCGCCGCCUGGUUCGGGUUCGGAUUCAAUCCGAGGCCAAUCGCCAGACCUUACGGCUCUGAACUUGGCUUCUACGGCUAUCCCGAUCGACUUGCGGCCUAUGAAGAAAUGUGGCGGCGCGAGGAGAGCGAGCUCUGGGAGUGGCUCGAAGAGCGCGUCGGUAUGGACCGUCUGAACAGCGGUGAGAUGCACACGCGGAAGAAGGUGGUCGAGCCUCGCACCAUGGCCGAGAAGCUGAGAGAAGAUCGUAUGGACGAGAGUGAAGUCAAGGAAGCAAUCAGGAUAACCGAGGAGAAGUUGGAGGUGCUGAAGUCGGUUGUCAGCAAGAAAGCUUAA